AUGGACAAAUUGCGUCCUACGAUGCGAAGAAGGCUGUACAGCCUACCACAGCAUAUAGGUCCCAAAUCGAGCAUCAUGGACGAGGAGGAUGAUAACGAGGAGGAUACUCGCAGCAAAAGCAUUAAGAUGAAGGCAAUGUCGUUGCCCCCAGGAGGGGGAGGCGGCCGAGGACAUAAUAAUAAUGACAGUAAGCAAGGGGAGCCGAACCAGGGAGAGGUAGAAACAGCCGUGAACAUGAAAUGCAACACGAACGGGGAUUGCAGGAUGACCCAAGGAAGUCAGUCUUCCAUCAACAGGGGCGAGGAGAAGAAGCCCGAGAUGGAAGGAGGGGAUUCCUCCCAGAACGAAGAUAAGAAAGAAACCAAAGUGGCUUUCUCUGCCACACCGAGCAGGAAAUCGUCCCAGCUUCAGCAGCAGGAGAGGAAUUCCGUGAGCUUCCUGAAAUCGGAAGGCGCCGAGCAGAUCCUGGCCGAGGAUGGGGAGCAGAGCGGCAGUCAGGCCAGCUUCAUGCAGAGGCAGUUCGGGGCCAUGCUUCAGCCGGGGGUUAACAAGUUUUCCCUGCGAAUGUUUGGCAGCCAGAAGGCUGUGGAAAGGGAACAGGAGAGAGUGAAAUCGGCUGGAGCAUGGAUUAUCCAUCCUUACAGUGACUUUCGGUUUUACUGGGAUUUCACAAUGUUGUUGUUUAUGGUUGGAAAUCUCAUAAUUAUCCCAGUAGGAAUCACUUUUUUCAAGGAAGAAACCACAACUCCUUGGAUUAUCUUUAAUGUCGUGUCUGACACUUUCUUCCUUAUGGAUUUAGUCUUAAACUUCAGGACUGGAAUUGUUAUAGAAGAUAACACUGAGAUCAUACUGGAUCCACAGAAAAUUAAGAAGACAUAUUUAAAAAGUUGGUUUAUUGUAGACUUUAUCUCCUCAAUUCCCGUGGAUUAUAUAUUUUUGAUAGUAGAAAAAGGAAUCGAUUCAGAAGUUUAUAAAACUGCCAGAGCUCUACGGAUUGUACGUUUUACAAAAAUUCUCAGCCUUUUACGAUUACUGAGACUCUCAAGGCUGAUUAGGUAUAUCCACCAAUGGGAAGAGAUCUUCCACAUGACUUAUGACCUUGCCAGUGCAGUGAUGAGAAUAUUUAAUCUUAUUGGAAUGAUGCUUCUCCUGUGCCACUGGGAUGGAUGCCUGCAGUUUCUUGUGCCAUUGCUUCAAGACUUUCCAAAUGAUUGCUGGGUGUCUUUAAAUAAUAUGGUGAAUGAUUCCUGGAGUGAGCUCUAUUCCUUUGCGCUGUUCAAAGCAAUGAGCCACAUGCUCUGCAUAGGGUAUGGCCGUCAAGCUCCAGAAAGCAUGUCUGACAUCUGGCUAACAAUGCUCAGCAUGAUAGUGGGUGCCACCUGCUACGCCAUGUUUAUUGGUCACGCGACUGCACUGAUCCAGUCCUUGGAUUCAUCGCGUCGUCAGUACCAAGAAAAGUACAAGCAAGUGGAGCAGUACAUGUCUUUUCACAAGUUACCUGCUGACUUCCGGCAAAAGAUUCAUGACUAUUAUGAACAUCGAUACCAGGGGAAAAUGUUUGAUGAAGAUAACAUACUGGGGGAGCUAAAUGAACCACUCAGAGAAGAAAUAGUGAACUUCAACUGCAGGAAACUGGUGGCCUCUAUGCCGCUCUUUGCCAACGCAGAUCCGAUUUUUGUGACAGCAAUGCUGACCAAAUUGAAGUUUGAAGUGUUCCAGCCCGGAGAUUACAUAAUCCGCGAGGGGACGAUUGGAAAAAAGAUGUACUUUAUCCAACAUGGGGUGGUCAGUGUCCACACAAAGGGCAACAAGGAAAUGAAAUUGUCAGAUGGUUCAUAUUUUGGAGAAAUCUGUUUGUUGACAAGAGGCAGGCGAACUGCCAGUGUACGGGCUGAUACCUAUUGUCGUUUGUAUUCUCUCUCGGUGGAUCAUUUUAAUGAGGUGUUAGAAGAAUACCCAAUGAUGCGACGAGCCUUUGAGACUGUUGCCAUCGAUAGACUGGAUAGAAUAGGAAAGAAAAACUCUCUUUUGCUGCACAAAGUCCAGCAUGAUUUAAACUCUGGUGUCUUCAACAACCGCGAGAAUGAGAUUAUACAGGAGAUUGUGAAGUAUGAUAGAGAGAUGGUUCAGCAAGUGGAACUUCAAAGGCCUCUCGCCAUGUCUCACACUCCUCCAUUUCAUGGAGGGCCCAUGUUCAAUUCUCAAGGUCAACUUACUAACAAUUCGGCAAUUGCUACUCUCCAGCAGGCUGUAGCUAUGAGCUUCUGUCCUCCAUCUACAGGGCUUUUCAUUGGGUCUGUAGGUGUGCAAUCACCCAGGACAGUUAGACGGUUGCAGCCUGUUCAGAGUGCAGCAAGCCCACUUUCAGUGUCCCCUGGUCAACAGCCGCAGACACAGCAACAAGUGGCUUCUAUUUCACCAUGUCCUUAUCCUUCUGCUGUCUCCAGUCCUCCAAACCAAAGUCCAUUAACAAAUCGAACUUUCCAAUAUGGAUCACAGAUACAAUCAGGCUCACAGCUAUCACUAACACAGCAAACAGCACCCAGCCCAACUCAACGUCCUGCUGCUCAUAAGAGUACACAAGCGUUGCACACAGGCAGUUUAUCUCAAGAGGCAAGACCGCUGUCAGCUUCGCAACCCUCACUGCCUCAUAAUAUUUCCCAGACAAUAACCUCAAGUCCACCGCAAUCAACCAGAGAAUCAACAUCAUCAAUGGGAGGUCAGAUAUCUGUGCAACCAACCACAGGAGGUCUCCAAGGAUCAGUCCGAGGACCCGUCCCACCAAGAAUGGCCCUGACCCACCAAAUGUCCACAGGUGCAAUAUUCCAACCGUCGGGGAUGGCCGGUGCACAACAGGACUCCAGUGUUCCCAAGAAAGAUUCGGUUGUAUGUGUUACAGAUACGGACACAGGCAAAUCAAGGCUUUCGUCCAACUUGUGAUAUUUGAGGCACCAUGCUUUUUUAGUGGUAAAUAAGAGGUUUAUAGUUCAAGAAGAAUUCAAAGGUAGUUGUGUGAUCCAGAAAAGAAUUGCUGCUGGUUACUGCACAUACUAAACUAAUUGCACACUCCACACCUUACUCCUAUCAUAUAGAAACUCCAAGUUUGUGCAAGUAUUUCACAGUCAACUAUAUGACAAAUGAAUAUGUACAUAAGCUCAGAGUUCUUUGAUAUAGUUUCUAGCUUUCAUUUCUUUGAACAAUUUGUCUGUGUUAGAUGUAUUAGUGUUUUUUUUUCAGAAAAAAGUCUUAUUAUGGUAUUUGGUGUCACAGUGUUGCUAACUUAUGUACUGUUGUAAAAUUAGGCAUCAGUAGUUACCCCGAUACAUUUUAAUGUCUUAGGUAAUUGUUGCUGCACCAUAAAGCAGCAAAACAGACAGACUUUUUUUGAGAUGUCUAUGCUAGAAAACAUUUUUUUAAUUUUAAUAUUAAAAAAAGGAGUUAUGGCUUUCCUUGUACGAUGUAGCAGAAACAGUCAA